GAGCAGGCUGCUGCUACUGUUGCAGUCUCUGGUACAUGGUACAUUAUGAUUGUCAACUGAUACACCUGCUGAAGGUCUCUCCCCUCUUGGAUGCCACACAUGGACACAGUCACAUUUGGACAGUAUGGGCUCCAGACUGAAACAAAACCCUGAGCGAACCUUCUACUGGUUCUUUGAAGCAACUUGCCCUGUAGCCAGAGACAAAGACCCUGGACUGCUGUUUCAGUUUCCAGAAGACUUCAAUGAUGAGGAGUCGUGUCAAACAUUGCCCAGGUUCUGCUUCCCGUAUGAUAUACAAAGAGUGAGAGAAGGGGUGGCCGUGCAGCACUUUACUUUUGUCCUUACUGACCUUGAGGGAUGCCAGCGCUUUGGCUUUUGUCGUCUCACCAACAGCACACACACCUGCCUUUGCAUUCUCAGCUAUCUUCCAUGGUUUGAAGUGUUUUACAAACUGCUCAACAACUUGGCUGACUAUCUCUCAAAAGGACAGACCAGUGAAAUGAAAGUGCUACUGGCGUCACUCUACAACCAGCCCAUUCCCCUGGCAGCUGGAUCUGUCACUCUGCAGAUGGGAGAGCAGGCUUUGGUCAGCACAGUGUCCCAUCCUGUUGGACACUCAGAGGGACAAAAGGGGGUUCCAUACUUCAUUGCUCCAGACCCCAGAAGUCUCCCUUCCAUACCCGAAAAUAGGAACUUGACCGAGUUGAUUGUGGCAGUAGACGUGGGGAACCUGCUUCAACUGUAUGCCAGUAUGCUGUUUGAGAGACGCAUCCUCAUCUUUGCCAGUAAACUCAGCACCCUGACAUCUUGUGUACAUGCACUCAGUGCUGUGCUCUACCCCAUGUACUGGCAACACAUCUUCAUACCUGUCCUGCCACCCCACUUACUGGACUACUGUUGUGCACCUAUGCCUUACCUAAUAGGGAUCCACACCAGUCUAUCUGAGAGGGUGAGGAAUAGUGGGUUGGAGGAAGUUGUUAUUCUGAAUGUGGAUACUAACACCCUGGAAACCCCUUUUGAUGACCAUAAGAAGAUACCUUCAGAUGUGAUGUCCGGAUUGAAGAUGUGCUUGAAGCGUCAAGCGGUGUCACCUGGGUGUGGUGUCUCUCAGGCCUUCCUGAAAGCUCAGGCUCUGCUCUUUGGAGGCUACAGGGAUGCACUGCAGGCUAAUGAGGAAGGUGAAAUAUACUUCUGCGAAAAGUUGUUUUUAGAUCACAAAUCUCCGAGUAUGAAGCAGUUCCUUCAGAGUGCUGUUCAUUUACAGUUCUUCAAACAGUUCAUUGAUGCUCGCCUGGAUAUUCUGAACAAAGCAAAUGAACCAGAUGACCUCUUUGAGGAGGAGAUUAUAAAGUGUGAAUCCGCAGCAGGAAGAAGUAAAUCUUAUCAGCAGUUAGUCGGUAAUUUGAAGGGGGGAGGUGCUCUCAUCCUCAACAUGAAGUCCAAAGCAAACAUGAAAGCCAAAGUUCUUGCCAGGUCAGGUUUGAAAAACCUGCUGAUACAUAAGGUUAACAAUCAAGAUAUCCUUCAGAGAGGUGGAUCGGUAUCACACCGCCGUGCCCAGUCUGACAGCCUGCAGAACCGCCUGCCAAUCACACAACAUUUUGGGAAGUCACGUCCUCGUCGGCCUGCUCAGAAAUCAAAGACUCCUAGAGAUAAGGACAUCAUAAAAGACAAUGAAGAAACAUGGGAUGGAGCUGUGUCAAGGACUGAGACUGACUCUGAGUACCAGAAGGAUGAAGAAGAAGAUGAGGAAGACUCACUGCUGUGUGAUGAAGAAGAAAUGGAUCUUCUUGGGGAGAUCUUUGACACACUGAGCACCCGUAGCUCCCACGACCGUGGCUUGCUGUACGGCACCCGCAGCCUGGAUUUGUUUGGGCCAGACAGCCAUGACUACAUCACAAAGCGUCCUCCAGCCAACCCCAGCCAGGAGAGCCUGUCUCUGUCCAUCAGUGGCAGUGGCAGCUUGCACAGCUGGAAUCUGGAAACAACAGAGGAGCUGUCAGACCUUACAGGGGACUCUGAUUGGCCAUGCCUGGACACCAGUGUACCAGAAGAGGAAGGGUUGAAUAAUCUGCAGUCAGAAAAUGAAACAAAUGAGCAAAAAAUUGGGCUGAGAGAAGACUGGGAAAAACAGGAAGAAGUGACAAGAACAAUAAAUGGGAACCAAGCAGAGGAAACUGAUGGCCAAAAUAACUUUAAGGAAGUAAAGUUAGAAGAAAAUAUAAAGAAAGAAGAUCAGGAGAAGAGUGUACGUUUAGGGGAGGACCGAGUGACUGAAAUGUCUGCUAAGAGAGAUGAAGGUUUAAAAGAAAAAACUGAAGAUGAGCAAAAUCAGACAGAGGAGGAAACUGCAGAAUCUGAGGUGGAAAGAGAAACACAUGAAAUUCCAAAAACAAGUGAAGCGGGAAAAGAGACCCAACUGGAGAAAAGUGAAGAGGUAAUAGGAUCUUUAAGUAAACUUUUAAACCCAAAUCCUCAUCAUCCUAACUCUGUGGAAGAGCAGCAAGAGCAAGGGAAGAUGGCCAUUCCAGAUACAGUCGCUUCUGGGCCUGGGAUUCCUGAACCUGCAGACCCUAACCCUACAACAGGUCAAGACAAAAAGAUUGACAUAGAAGCAAGAAAAGAGGAGCAAGAUGUAAAAAAGACCCCCUCUCCUCCUAAAGUGCUAUCUGCUGUGGCACGCUUUCAAUCUCAGGCACCCAGCCAAGGCUUCCAGGUGAAGUCCAGGGUUAAAGCCUUUGCUGAAUCUGGGAGGCCUUGCAAUGUGUUCAGAAGCAGGGAGAAUGCACACAUGCCCUGCAAUUCAGAUACAUCAGAAACAAACAAUCGCACAGAGGCACCUGAAGAGGAAGACCAGCCUCCAGUCAAGGUGUCAGAACUGAAGAAGAGAUUUGAAGCUUAAAAGAUGCUGGUUACAUUCUAGUUUUUGUUACUUAAAAUAAGAAAUCCGAUUAAAUGGAUACAUUUUAUUUCUGUUUCCCCUGCAUAUCCUUGACUCUUAGUCCCAAGCCCAUUUGCUUUUUUGAAAUAUAAAUUAUGAAAAAAGUCAGCAGUGUAGUUUUAUUUAAAAGCUGACCACUGUGAAUUACCGAAAUGUUAUGGAUGUUACCCAAAGUGAGGGUAAAUAUUGCACCUAGAGACAAGUUUCAGAUCAAUAUUUUGUGAGUUAGUAUUUAUGGCUAUAACAAGCUACAGUCUAUACCCACAAAGUAAUGAAGAAACAUGUUCCCAUUUCAAAGUCAUUUUGGAUUUUUUUUUUUUUUUUAAAUGGUGUUUCUUUACAGUAAGGAAAGCAGUAUCACCACACUCUUACAAACUAGCCGUUCUGCUGUUAUUUAAACAGAUUUUAUUGCUUGAAUAUUGUAUACAUGAUGAAAUGGUAAAUUACUUAGAAUUGAGGCAGCAUGGCUGAAAUAAAUCAGUUUUAGGCCAGCAAGAAACAUGAGUGUUUUACCCAUUACCUACUGAGUGGUCAAUUUGUCACUGAUAGAAAAACAUUUUAUUCAAAUGUAUGUGUGGAAAAGACAUGCUAUCCAUUAGAUUCUUUAACAAAAACUGACGCAUUCUGAGUAUUUACACUUUUCUAACUGUUCACUUAGAAUCUGAACUUGAAUAAACUUGAAUAAAAUGACUUUGAAAACUGCUCUUAAUGGUCUAAAAUGAUAGUGAAAAAGCACAAGUACUUGGUGUGCACAUUGCUGUUUAUUUACAUAACACCUUGUGAAACAUGCAUUUUGAUUUGUUGUAGAUGAGCUUUUCCUAAGUUGAUAUGAAAGUGCAUCACAG